CACAUAUGAAUGUUCACACUGGAGAAAAGCCUUAUGAGUGCAAUAAAUGUGGGAAAUCUUUUACAAGUAGAUCAAACCUUUGUAAUCAUUGGAGAGUUCACAAUGAAGUAAGGGAUUUUGAAUGCAGUGAAUGUGGGGAAUUCUUUCGCCAAAAGGCACAUCUCAAUGUCCAUAAGAAGUUUCAUGCUGGAGAACAGGCUUAUGAGUGUAAUAAAUGUGAGAAAUCUUUAACUGCUAGGCUGAACCACCAGUGUCCCCAGAGAGUUGACACUGGAGAAAGGCCUUUUAAUUGCAGUGAAUGUGGAAAAUGUUUUACUAGUAGCUCGAGCCUUCUUCAUCAUCAGAGAGUUCACAGUGGAGAAAGGCCUUAUGAAUGCAGUGAAUGUGGGAAAUCUUUUAUUGCUAGGUUGAGCCUUCGUGAUCAUCAGAGAGUUCACACUGGAGAAAGGCCUUAUAAGUGCAGUGAAUGUGGAAAAAGUUUUGUUGCUAUGAGCGGCCUCCGGUAUCAUCAGAGAGUUCACAUUGGAGAAAAACCUUAUGAGUGCAGUGAAUGUGGGAAAUCUUUUACUGCUGGGAGGAGCCUUCGUGAUCAUCAAAGAGUUCACACUGGAGAAAGGCCUUAUGAGUGCAGUGAAUGUGGGAAGCAUUUUAUUAGUUGUUCGAGCCUUCUUCGUCAUCACCGAGUUCACACUUAAGAAAGGCCUUAUAACUGCAGUGAAUGUGGCCAGUCUUUUACUAGUCAAACCAGUCUCUAUGAUCAUCACAGACUUCAUACUGGAGAAAGGCCUUUUGCAUGCAGUGAAUGUGGGAAAGCCUUUAAGCAAAGACAGCUUCUCCGCACACAUUGGAAAAUCCACCCUGGAGAAAAGCCUUAUGAGUGCAAGGAAUGUGGUAUAUCUUUCACCUGAAGUUGCCGCUUGAUUAAACAUCAGCAAGGUCACACUGAAAAAAGGGCUUUAUAAAUAUUGCAAGUAUGACUGGCAAUGAUGUCAAAGAAGUUUGAGGUGGUGACAGAGUGGGCAGAACCUAUGAAGCAAGUGGACCCUUUCUAGAGCAGAAUCUGAGGCACAGAGAUGCAGUGUCAUCUGUUUUAUGAUCCCUGUUGAAGGGAUAAGGAUCUGAGAUUGAAUGCCACAUUGCCUGGUUCAGGCAUUUGGAGAAUCUGGUGACUUCACUCCUCCCCUGCUCUACACCCACCAGGUUUGAGGACUGAAAGAACACCUUGUCCAUCCUGACACUUCUGCUCCCUCUGCCCGCACCCCAUGAGCCGUGCUUACAUCCCAACCCAUGCUGAUGGUCAGGGUUAUCUUUUCUCUGAGAACCAACAUUGAUGACUUUGCUGUGGAUGACUCCAUUCAUCUACCCAGCCAAACCAAUGCUGUGAUUUCAUCCCUAUCAUUGCCAUUUUAGAAAGAAGGGCUGUCCAACUCAGAGAGUUAGAAGGACUUCCAGAGGAGCUCACUACUGCCAGACCUUUCAUGAGAGUGGUUACACUGCACGUGUCCACUGGCUUUUCUUUUGCCCCUCAGAGCAGGGACUCCAGUUUCUGUAUCCUGACCGUGAGCUGUGCACACUGACAGCUCCAUCACCACAAGGGGUUCCAGCCUCAUUUCCCUGUGUGCACGUCUCCCACUGACACCCUCCCACUUGGGAAGUUCUUUAUAGAACAACAGCGCCAAGCUGGGGACUCUGGACUGACUCAUUGGCAUUUCUCCAGAUUCGACACUGGCCUCACCACUCUGCAGUGAUUGGUUUCCCAAGUCUUGUUCAUCUUCUUUACAUACCCACCUCAAGAUGUCCCUGUUCCCCUGUUAUGUGGUUGACCUGCUCACUGUUUUGGGCCGUGUGAGGGACACUGAAGGCCUGCAAAUGUCCAGUGUGGCCCUCACAUGGUGUAGUCUCUAAAGCUCUUCUUCCUUUACCCCUUUACUCAUCUCCUCACUUUUCCUCCUACCCCUCCAGAAAAAUGUUGCUUAGUAAAAUAAUGAUUAUUAGUAUGAAUUUGUCCUCACUUUCUGAGACCCACACUUGAUCAACCUAGCUUUAAAACUAACAGGAAUGCAAGGUGGCCCCUCCCAUGAAGACCAAAACCUCUGUAUUAAAAAAUUGUUAUGAUUUUAAUUACAUCUUUCUCAGAUUAUAUUUACUUAACUGUGCCAUGUGGCAUGUGGGAUCUUAGUUCCCCCCAAGCAGCGAUCUAAACCAUGUCCUGUGAUGUGGACAUGGGGAAUCCUAGCCACUGGACCGCUGGUGAUUCUCUUUCUCAGGAUUCUUGAUGUUAAAUUUUUGUUUUUCAUGUGUCUGUUUUUUAUCUGUGUGUCUUGUUUUGUUAGAUUUCUAUUCGUACUUUUGCCAACUUCUGUUUUGUGAGGUUAGGCUAUUUUCUCUUAUUUUGACAUUAGGAAAGCAAGGAGAUAACAAAGACAUGUUAGAUUUCACUCAUUCAUGAAUGUGAGUGACUUUUUUUCCUGCAUGGAAUUGUAAUUCGGGAUGCUGAAAGUUUGUGUUCUCAAUUUUUAUACAAUACAUAAUGUAAUGGCCACAUACAUUAUACAUGUUUUUGAUAAGUCUGCUUUAUUAAUAUAUGUUACCUUCAGAUGUAAUUACACUAAAUCAAUCCCUGUUUUGUAGUGUUUGCCAAUUUCCCUGGUGAAAAUAUUCACACCAUUACCAGUGUCAAAUUGCGAACAUAAUGUCGCUGAAAUGGAGUUGGGAAGCAUUGCUUAUAACCCAGCAUUGAAUUCUUUUUCCCCCUUACAAGCCCAGUAGCUGCAAAAUGUUUUAGGAAUGUACCUAGUAAACCAUAGUACAGUGAUUAUGAAUAGAUUUUUCUAAUUUGUUUGAAAACUCGUUUUCUGGUUGUAUAGUUGACUUUGUGUAUGUACAUUUAAACAUUUUUGGGUACAUCGUUAAAAUCAGUUUCCUUCUCCCAUUUUAAAUUCAUCUUCAACAUUAUAAUUACUGAUACAAGGGCAUAGUCUACUUUAGUAAUAACUAUUUUCAAAUAUAUAUAUAAAUGAAAUAAAUGACUGUGUUGGACCCUUCCUGUAUAUUAUGUCAUUUAUCAUAAUUAUAUACAUUUUUUGUUUGUGUAUCAUGAUUUACCUAGUCAUUUUUAAGUUUUGUAAUUGCAGGUUUCACAUCUUUCAAUACAUAACUUCUUAGAAUGCUCUUCAAAAAUAAAAGAAACCUUUUUGUAAUGCCAGCAAUUUAUUACACAAGAAUGUAUUCUAAAUAUCAGUGUUUAUCUGCACAACCUGGGGGCAGUGCAACAAAAGGCUGAAUGCUCACACCCUUCGAUGCAGCCUGGAUCUGCUAACUCAUGUACCAUAGCACAAAGGUAUGUGACAGAAGUGAGACCUUGUUGGGGAAAUACAGCGGGAUGUGCUGACCCAGCACAGAAUUCACAAGCAGUGAAUUUUUUUGGGGCCAGGCAUGUGAUAUGGAUGCCCAAAUUUGUCACACAGUUCUCAGAGAUCCUGUAUGAUCAGGUAAGUGCAGAUGGGAUUAGAAAGACAAUCGCCCACGUUACUUCAAGUUUGAUGCACUGAUUGUGUUCAGAUCAGGGACUGAGUCACAAUUGUGUUACAGGCUGGAGAUUCACAUCUGUGAGCAGCUUUGUUUAGCAGAGGACUUCGGAUUGGGUUGCGCUUGGGGAAUGCGCUUGCAAGGAGAUGUGAACUGGGGAAGGUGGAGCUGGAGGCCCAGUGAAGUUGUAGCCGCCAGAGUAGGUAGUUCCUGGUUGUGACACAGUUGGUGGUGUGCAAGCUGGGAAGUGCAGAAGAGAAGCCAGUGCAUCUGUUUCGUGUAGUGUGAGCUCUUGUCAAAGGCCUGGCAGCUGUGUGUCCUUGUGGAAGCUAUUCAGCUGAGAUGCAGACCCCUCCCUCCACAAAUUCGAAGAAUAAUUACAGAUUCUGAGCCCAGGGAAGUUUGCAUAGAUAAAUGGGAUCAUUCACAUUAAAAUUAUGAAUGUUUGUUCCCACUGAAAAGAAAGGCGUGUCCAUUAGCAUGGGGCUGUGGUGUGACUGGGGCUGUUGUGGGCAGGGACAGGGUGUCAGGACGUGUACAUGGUGUUCUUUGAGUCUCCAGUGGGAUAGGGCAGAUGUGGCGUACAGUGACAAGACUUCAGUAAAUGUGAAGGAAUUAUGAUCAAAAGAUCAGAACAAUCACUAGCUGAGGCCAGGGCAAGAAGGUAGUCAUUGACUGAUUAGGCCUUAUGAUAAAGAUGAAAAAUCAGCCAUGUGAGUAGGGUAUAGUUGAAUCCGACUGGUUGGGCAGGAGAUGUUCAGAGAGCAAGAGAAUAGCCAUUCUGUGUUCCCGGUUUAUACAUUGGUGUUUCUCAGUGAGUUGGGCACAGAUUCUGCAGGCAAGAGAGCCUUUUCUGGAUGUACAAAAGCAGUGCUUUCCCUCUUGUCCACCUGCAUUAGGCAUACCCAGAUUCCCAGUCAGCCUGCUGUCUUUUUUUUUUUUUUUUUAAGGCAAGGCUUUAUUGAGACUUGAGCUGCAGCUGCAGAGAGCAAAAACGUGUAACAGGUUCGCUUCCUUGGUCUCAGAGGGGCCUUUUCUGACAUUUUUAUUGUCCUUGAGCAAAGCUUGCAAAAUAAAUUCAAACUUUUUUUUUUCUUCUUUUUUUUGACUGGGACAAGGGGCUUGCUGCAUUUUACUACCUGAAAUACCGAUUGAACCCACCUGCAUGGCAGCAGUGAACAUAAUAAAUCCUAAUCACUGAACCACCAGGGAAUUCCCCCAAAUCGCUAACACUUCAGGCUGUAUGCAUUUCAAGAGCAAUUGUUCAGUCUUUUAAGUGAUGUCAAGAGUUUUUGACCCCAUGGACUGCAGCAUGCCAGGCCUUCCUGUCCAUCACCAGCUCCCGGAGCUUGCUCAAACUCAUGUCCAUCGAGUUCGUGAUGCCAUCCAGCCAUCUCCUCCUUUGUCAUCCCC